AUUUGUCUUGGACGCUCUAUCUAUAAAACUCAACGUACGCCUUCUUAAUUAUCUUCCAACAUCUAACCUUUCUCUCUCUAUUUUUGUUUGCUGUUACUUAUUUGAAUCCUCCUUCAGGAGGAGCUUAGCCAUACACUUCUCUGCAGCUGCCUGAGGCGUAUUAAGAUCUGAAGAAGAAGAAAAUGAAUCACUGUGCAGUGCAGCAAAAGAACGCCUUCGCAGCCUGUGAAGAGAUGAGGAGCUCUGUUUCCGUUUGUCUUUCAACAUCUGAUCGGAGAGAGACGGUGGUUUGCCCCAAACCUCGCCGUCUCGCCCUCGAUCCAAUCAGGUCUUUGAGAUGGCAUGUUAGUCAUCAACAAGAGCUGUGUGAAUCAAAAGCAGGAACAGAUCUUCUCGACAUCAUCCUCCCAAAGGGUAGUUAUGGUGGAGAGCAAUCUUAUGCACCGGUAGCCUCGUCGCCGCCCCCAUUUUUUUGUGGGUCUCCGCCGAGUAGAGUAUCUAACCCAUUAAUUCAAGAUGAUCGCUUUGGGGAUGAGAGGUUCACGCCCGUCUCGCCACGGUCGAUUCCUAUUCCCUCCGGGUUGUCGUCGUCCCCUGCCUCAUCCUCCCGAAAAGGUGCAUGUGUUCGGGCAAAUUUCGGGAACAACCCGGCAGUGAGAAUUGAGGGGUUUGAUUGCUUGGAUAGGGAUAGACGUAACUGCAGUAUCCCUGCCCUUGCUUAACAAACCCAAAUUGCAACACGAAAAAAUAGAGUACAUAUAGGGAAAAAACCUGAUGCUGAAAAGCAAAAAUAUGAAAGAGAGCAAUCUUGAUUUAGAAGGAGAUGAAUUUUGAACAUUUUCACUGAGGGGAGAAAGUUGGAUCCUUUUGUUGAUGUAAAUAUGUUUAAAGGGUCUUGUAAGUAAUGUGUCUGUAAGUAAAGAGUUGUUAACCAAAUAAUGGAGAGAGAGAGAGAGAGAGAGAGAGAGAGGUUCUUUAGGGUCUAUUUAUGUUUUUUUUGGGGAAGUUUUCUUGAGAGAGUCCCUCUUGUGGUGUAAGUAGGUGAAGAGAGAUGAGGGGAAUUUAUUGUUUUAGGCUCAAUGAAAUCUUGCUAAAGAUAAUUUGUAAAAAUGCACAAGUGGGUGAGUUAUCAAUCUUUAGUGGUCAUUUUGGACAUUUUACCUUGUAA